AUGGGGUUUCAGAAAAUAAGGGUUGAAAAUCCCAUCGUCGAAAUGGAUGGAGAUGAAAUGACAAGAGUAAUUUGGAGAAUGAUAAAAGAUAAGCUUAUUUUCCCAUUUUUGGAGCUGGAUAUUAAGUAUUUUGAUCUUGGGCUUCCUCAUCGAGAUGCCACUAAUGAUAGAGUUACCAUUGAAAGUGCCGAAGCUACACUGAAGUAUAAUGUAGCUAUCAAAUGUGCAACUAUUACUCCAGAUGAAGGCCGUGUCAAGGAAUUUAACUUAAAACAAAUGUGGAGGAGCCCAAAUGGGACAAUCCGGAACAUUUUAAAUGGUACAGUUUUUAGAGAGCCAAUCAUCUGUAAAAAUAUUCCUCGACUUGUUUCAGGCUGGACGAAGCCAAUAUGCAUUGGAAGACAUGCUUUCGGAGACCAAUAUCGGGCAACUGAUGCAGUUAUAAGAGGCCCAGGAAAGCUAAAAUUGAUGUUUGUACCUGAUGGACAUGAAGAGACUAAAGAGCUAGAGGUGUAUAACUUCACUGGUGCUGGAGGUGUAGCUUUGUCCAUGUAUAAUACCGACGAGUCCAUUCGGGCUUUUGCUGAGGCGUCAAUGAACAUUGCUCACGAGAAAAAAUGGCCUCUCUACCUUAGCACUAAAAAUACCAUUCUAAAGAACUAUGAUGGAAGAUUCAAGGAUAUUUUCCAAGAAGUUUAUGACACCCAAUGGAGUGAUAAGUUUAAAGCUGCAGGAAUAUGGUAUGAACACCGUCUUAUAGAUGAUAUGGUUGCGUAUGCUGUUAAAAGUGACGGAGGCUAUGUAUGGGCCUGCAAGAACUAUGAUGGGGAUGUGCAGAGUGAUUUCAUAGCUCAAGGAUUUGGUUCUCUUGGCUUGAUGACUUCAAUAUUGGUUUGCCCAGAUGGCAAAACCAUUGAAGCAGAGGCAGCCCAUGGUACUGUUACCCGCCAUUUUCGGGUUCAUCAGAAGGGUGGUGAAACCAGUACAAACAGUAUUGCCUCAAUUUUUGCCUGGUCACAAGGUCUUGCACAUAGGGCAAAGUUGGAUGGAAAUGGUAGAUUAUUGGACUAUACAGAGAAACUGGAAGCAGCUUGCAUUGGAACAGUUGAAUUAGGAAAAAUGACAAAGGAUCUCGCGCUUCUUAUUCACGGACCCAAGGUUUCUAGGUCGCACUAUUUGAAUACCGAAGAGUUCAUUGAUGCUGUAGCCGAGGAGCUGAAAACAAGAUUAACUACACAAGCAAAGCUGUAG